CAGUGUGAAUAUAAAGAUCCCACCUUGGCGGAUGGAGCGCGCCAGCAUCUCUUGUUCAACCUUAACUUGGUAGUUCUGUAACUUGUAUUACGUGAGGAUUCAUUCAAAUUUUCUUUGCCCUAUCCGAAUUUUCUGGCGAACUAAUUUGCAAAACUUCUACCAUGGAUCGGAGGUGGCAGGAUUUCUACUUCAUACUCACUAUUCCAAUCGGUUAGUGGAUUUUCAACUCCCAUGUUUUUCGCUUUCCUUCGAUUUGCGUCUGAACUGGGUGACAAAGCAAUCUAACAACGAGUUUCUUGAAUUUAUUACCACCUUAAUUGUUGUUAAUUCAAUCGCAAUCCAUAAACUUGUGCGAAAAUCAUGAGGUUCGUGCCCUUUCGUAGAUUUUCCACUCUGCUGGGCUCUGUACCCAGAAAUUCUGCAUCUGCGAACCCUAAAAUGGAUGUCAAUUUAGGGAAAAAGAAUUGGAAUCCAACCCCAAUACCUCACCGAUCAAUUCCCGAACCCAGAGGACAAGACCUUGAUGUUGUUAACGUGGUACAUAGCCAUCUGAUCCAUUCGGAUUGGACUAAACUUGAUUGUUUGUCAUUGGGUCUGACGGCGUUCAGAGUCAAACACAUUCUACUAAAGAUUCAGAAGGACUAUGUAAUUUCGCUCGAGUUCUUCAAUUGGGUUGCAACUCAGAAUCCUUCUUCCCAUACCCUUGAAACCCAUUGCAUAAUUCUCCAUAUACUUGCUAAACAUAGAAAGUUUAAGUCUGCAGAAUCAAUUCUGAGGAGUAUGAUAGAAUCGUGCUCUAUUGAGUUUCCUUCUAAGCUGUUUGAAUCCUUACUGUACUCCUACCGAGUAUGUGAUUCUUCCCCACAUGUUUUUGAUCUGCUUUUCAAGACUUUUGCUCAUUUGAAGAAGUUCAGAAAUGCCUCUGAUACAUUUUGUAAGAUGAAGGAUUAUGGAUUUUUACCCACUGUGGAAUCAUGUAAUGCAUUUCUGAGUUCCUUGCUUAAUUUUAACAGAGGCGAUAUUGCUUUGGCGUUUUAUAGGGAAAUGCGGCGCAGUAGGAUUUCCCCAAAUUCUUAUACUCUCAACUUGGUAAUUUGUGCUUCCUGUAAAUUGGGAAGAUUAGACAAGGCUACCAAGGUGUUUGAGGAAAUGCGAAUCAUGGGUUUUUCUCCAAAUGUUGCAUCUUAUAAUACACUCGUUGCAGGCUAUUGUAAUAAAGGUCUUCUAAGCUCAGCCAUGAAGCUUAGAACUGCAAUGGAGAAAAAUGGGGUUCCUCCAGAUGUUGUUACUUUUAACACUCUAAUCAAUGGGUUUUGUAAGGAUGGGAAGCUUCAAGAAGCAAGUAAAUUAUUCGGAGAGAUGAAAGUGAUGAGUUUAUCUCCUACUACUGUCACCUACAAUACUUUGAUAAAUGGCUACAGCAAAGUGGGCAACAGUGACAUGGGCAAUCAGCUUUUUGAAGAGAUGUUGAGGUUCAAAGUGAAACCCGAUAUCCUUACUUACAAUGCCCUGAUCUUGGGACUAUGCAAAGAGGGAAAGACAAAGAAAGCAGCGUUUCUGGUUAGAGAGCUUGAUAAGAUGAAUCUAGUUCCCAAUGCUUCAACCUUUUCUGCUCUAAUUUAUGGGCAAUGUGCAAGGAAGAAUUCAGAGCGUGCGUUCCAAAUAUAUAAAAGCAUGAUAAAGAGCGGUUUUAGUCCUUGUGAUCAGACGUAUGGGAUGUUACUAUCCACAUUCUGUGAGAACGAGGACUAUGAUGGAGCAGUCCAAUUAUUGAAGGAAAUGUUGAAGAGGCACAAGGCCCCGGAUCUCGAUAUCUUAUCCGUGGUCUGCACUGGACUCGGCCGGUGUGGGAAACUCCAAACAGGUAUAAUGUUAUGCAGUGAGUUGGAAGCUCAACAUCUCUUGCCAGAAGGUUUUGACGACAAAUUCAAAACUUCAGAAGCAUUUGGAGAGCCAACUGUUUUAUGAUGUUGAAGUUUAUGAUUUUGAUAAGAGUUAUCAACGUGGGAUUUGGAAAACUCAUUCUGGUUUCAUAUUUUCACCAGAGAUUGUUCUGCCGAACACAGCGAUGUGUCCAACUUGGAGAUAAUGGCGAAACACAAAGAUGAACUAACAUGCAAAGAUCAGCUCCAAAAAGCAAGCCUUGAUGCCGUGCCACCAUUGACUACAAACAAACCAUAGAUUUGUAUUUACUUUCUUUAUCUGUUGAUUUGCAAAUUUCAGUCAACAGCUCUGUAUCAAAUUAUUAAAUGAAGGAAUUAUGAAUCUCUCAUGGGCUCUCUCUCUCUCUGGAUUGGUGCGUGAGAUUGGAGGAGUUGUUUGUGAGGCUACUGAGCAUCUAAAAACCUUCACCUUUCCAAUCUGCA